UCCUCGUUCUUUACCACCAAAAUUCAUCUCCCUCGCCGCUAAAAUGCUCUCCAGGCUCCCUGCGGGAGUAUUAAAGAACGCCAGCAGCACUCUUGGUACUCGCUCGACUACCGUCGCGAACGUUGCCCGCGCUGGCCUGCGUGUUCGUCAUGCGUCCACCAAGUCGUCUGUGUCGUCUGCGUUUGAGUCCCUCUUGAACUCCCGCGCGACUCUGGCAGGUGCUACCGUCGCCGCUGUCGGCUCUGUGGCUUGGUACGCGCACCUCUAUGGAACACUGCCCUUCAUUGGCGAAGUCCAUGCCAACUCGCCAGCGGAAGACGGUCUUCACCCGCCCCACUACCCCUGGUCGCACCAGGGCUUGCUUGACACCUUCGACCACACCAGCAUUCGCCGCGGCUAUCAAGUCUACCGGGAGGUUUGCGCCGCCUGCCACUCGCUUGACCGUAUCGCUUGGCGCAACUUGGUUGGUGUCUCGCACACAGCUGAUGAGGUCAAGGCCAUGGCGGAGGAAAUCGAGUACGAGGAUGGCCCAGAUGACCAGGGCGAGAUGUUCCAGCGCCCCGGAAAGCUUUCUGACUACAUGCCUCCUCCCUACCCUAAUGAAGAGGCAGCCCGUGCCACCAACAGCGGUGCGCUCCCUCCGGACCUGAGUUUGAUCGUCAAGGCCCGUCAUGGCGGUCCUGACUAUAUUUACGCGCUCCUUACUGGCUACUGUGAUCCUCCGGCGGGCUUCGAGAUUCGUGACGACAUGAACUACAAUCCCUACUUCCCUGGCAAUGCCAUUUCUAUGGCGCGUGUUCUCUUCGAUGGCCUCGUUGAAUAUGAGGAUGGCACCCCGUCUACGACUUCCCAAAUGGCCAAGGAUGUUGUCACCUUCCUGCACUGGGCGUCUGAGCCCGAGCAUGACGAGCGGAAGAAGAUCGGUCUCAAGGCCGUUAUCCUCUUUUCUGCGCUGACUGCGAUCUCCUUGUACGUCAAGCGUCAUAAGUGGUCGUACAUUAAGACCAGGAAGAUCGUCUACACUCCUCCGACCGAUAUCAAGAAGCACUAGUUCUAGAUAUUGUAGAUAGCGUCGACAGCCUUUUCACCAUUGAAAUCGCAGAUUUUACGGCCUACGUGAAUUGCUAUCACAGGAGACCGUCGAGAUUUGCUCUGAGAACGCGGCUUAGUGGGCAUAAUGCGCAUAUGAGCCCGGAAGAUCUGCUAGGACUUUCGUAUAGAAAUUUCUGAAGUAAUG